UCUUGUUUCUUUGAGUCCCUUGGGAAUGCAAGCUCCAAAUACUUCAUUUUCUUCCCGAAAGCAGAAGGUUUUAUUUUUAAAAUAAAGCUGUUUGUUUGGAACAUCUGAGCACUGCUUCUUGAGGGACCACAGAGAUGAAUGGCUUGGGAGCCCAACUGGGAAGGCAUACACUCACCCUCCUCUUGGUGUUCCUUUUCCAAAAUCAGAUCCUCUGUCUCAACGUUGACAGCCGCCCUCCUCCUGACGUCUGCUCCACACACACAGUUUUACCUGGACCAAAAGGGGAUGAUGGUGAGAAAGGAGAAAAGGGAGAAGAGGGAAAGCAUGGAAAAGUGGGCCCCAUGGGGCCGAAAGGAAUGAAAGGAGAACUGGGUGAGGUAGGCGACCAAGGAAACCUUGGCAAAAUUGGACCAAUUGGUGGAAAAGGUGACAAAGGGCAAAAAGGCUUGCCUGGUGCCUCAGGGGGAAAGGGCAGAGCAGGUACUGUCUGUGAUUGUGGAAGAUAUCGUAAAGUUGUUGGACAGCUAGAUAUUAGCGUUGCACGGCUCAAGACAUCCAUGAAGUUUGUCAAAAAUGUCAUAGCUGGGAUUAAGGAAACAGAUGAAAAAUUCUAUUACAUCGUACAAGAAGAGAAGAGCUACAGGGAAUCCCUGACCCACUGCCGAAUCCGUGGAGGAAUGCUAGCCAUGCCCAAGGAUGAGAGAUCCAAUCAAGUAAUUGCUAAAUACGUGUCAGACAGCGGCUUCUUCAGGGUAUUCAUUGGGGUGAAUGACCUAGAGCGGGAAGGGCAGUAUGUGUUCACAGACAACACUCCGCUACAAAACUACAGCAACUGGAAGGAGGGUGAGCCAAGUGACCCCUAUGGCCAUGAGGACUGCGUGGAGAUGCUGAGCUCUGGCCACUGGAAUGACACAGAGUGUCACCUCAGCAUGUACUUUGUCUGUGAAUUUGUGAAAAAGAAAUGACCUUCUGGUGCCACUUCCCUAUGGUUGCGAUUAUGACCAAACUUUUUAUCACCUUUUUCCUCAAUAUGUUUUGAUCCCCACCAUUGUAAGCAAUGUCAGGUUGAAGCCUGGGAUGUUCAUAACCAUUCUCCCUUUAAGUGCUUAAAAAAAGUUUGCUGUUAUUGACUAAAACCCUCACCAGAUAACAUGGACAACUAGGGAGGGUUUAGGCUCUUGCGUAUACUCAAUUUUAGGUUAGAAUUCCUUUUUGAAAUUUCUUCAGUUUGUUCCUAUCCUACCAGGGGCCUUAGAGGAGUUUCAUGGGAAAUCGAGCAACUGGCCAGUGAACUUCCAAGUAUUCAUUCACUCACACUGGCUCUAUUAUAGUUCAGACUCUCAUCACCUCUCACUCAGACAGUUGCAAUCGCUUCCUAAUUGGUCUCCCUGCUCUAACUCUUCCCUCUCCAAUCCAUUCUCUACACAGCUGCCAAACUGACAUUCCUCAAACACAGAUAUGACCAUAUUGCUACUUUACUUUAAAGGUCCCUAUUAUCUCUAGGAUAAAGUACAAAAUUCUCAGUCCACCAUUAAAAGCCCUCCUACAAAUUGGCUAUCACCUACCUUUCCAUUUUUGUUUCCUAUUACUUCUCUUCACUUGCUCUUCACUACAGUCUUUAUUGCAACUAGCUUGACACCACCCUCCAUCUCCUAACUCAGUGGCUUUGCACAUUCUGUCUCCUGGGUCUGGAAUGAAAACUCUCUUCAUUUCUGUCUCAGAACAUUCAAUUUCCUUCAAAGCUAAACUCAAAUGCCAUGUCAUACACAAAUUCUUUCUUUUUUUUCUUUUUCUUUUCUUUU